ACUUCCGUGUUGUGUCACAUGACGUUCUUCUCGCUUUUGAAAUUCUCGCGAUGAGUCACUUCUCGCGAUAGCAACGCAACUUGUCGGUGGCGAGGAUUUGCAAAUGAAGGUUGCGCAAAAUCUCGGACUUUGAACGACAAUAGGUACAUGCAACCAUGUCCGAUUCUCUGUAUGAGAAGUUUUUGGCCCCAGAGGAGCCUUUCCCUCUCCUCUCACAGAGAGCAAACCUCAGUGAUGUCGGAACCCUUGACGUCAGUGAUUUUGGCUGCCAACUCUCAUCCUGUCACAGGACGGACCCCCUACGCCGUUUCCACAGCAACAGAUGGAACCUGACGUCCUGUGGGACGAGUGUGGCCAGCUCCGAGUGCAGCGAGGAGCUCUUCUCCUCGGUGUCCGUGGGCGACCAGGAUGACUGCUACUCCCUGCUGGACGACCAGGAUCUGACCUCCCUGGACCUGUUUCCAGAGGGCAGCGUGUGCAGCGACGUCUCCUCCUCCAUCAGCACAUACUGGGACUGGUCCGACAGCGAGUUUGAGUGGCAGUUGCCAGGAAGCGACAUCACCAGCGGCAGCGAUGUCCUGUCCGACAUCAUUCCUAGUGUUCCGAGUUCCCCUUGCCUGGUUCCCAAAAGGAAGCCCAAACCUCAUCCUCACCACAACCUGGAUGAGCUGCCUUGGAGCGCCAUGACCAAUGACGAACAAGUGGAGUACAUCGAGUACCUGAGUCGUAAGGUCAGCACGGAGAUGGGCCUGCGAGAGCAACUGGACAUCAUCAAGAUCAUCGACCCCUGCGCUCAGAUCUCGCCCACGGACAGCGAGUUCAUCAUCGAGCUCAACUGUCUGACGGACGAGAAGCUGAAGCAGGUACGUAACUACAUCAGAGAGCACGGCCCCAGGCAGCGGGCCAGCAGCAUCCGGGAAGGCUGGAAGAGGAGCAGCCACAGCAGCGCCAGCACAGGCGGCGUCAGCGGCGCCAGCAGCAGCAAUGCCAGCAUGGUCAGCUCGGCCAGCUCCUCUACGGGAUCCACUGCGUCCAACUCUGUCGCAGGUGGUCCCGCCUCAGCCUGCAGUGGAGGCAGUGUUGCUAACAUAAGCAGAGCACACAGCGACGGUAACCUUUCCAACGCUGCCGAACGCAUCAGAGAUUCUAAAAAGCGAUCCAAGCAGCGUAAGCUCCAGCAGAAAGCCCUUCGUAAGCGGCAGCUGAAGGAGCAGCGGCAGGCCCGCAAGGAGCGUCUGAGCGGUCUCUUCCUGAACGAGGAGGUGCUGUCGCUGCGAGUGACCGAGGAGGACAGCCACGGAGACGACCUGGAUAUACUGAUGUGACAACAGUGAACUCAUCAGCGCUCCCUCUUAACACCUGAUCUCACCACGCAGAUAGCUUAGCACGCUUAGCACGGGCUCACACCAACAUUCUCCUUCUUUGCCUAACCCUGCACUGUUUAUAUACCAUCAAUGUAGCCGGGCCAAGCUGACCGAGACGUCGCAUGUUGAAGGAAAGACACAAAGUUCUAUGCUGGACUCCACCGCAGAGCUGCUCUGUCCUUCUAUCUUGUCGAGGCUUCUGAGGGAGCACUGAAGCGCUGCAUGUUGAAAGCCACACCUCUUCUAUACUAUAUCAUUCUUUUAUUGACCCACCUCUUAUCCAUGUCUUGUAAAUAAAUAACUGCAUAUUUACUGCUUGGUUUAAGCUUUAGUGUUAACAGUUUAAUUUAAUGUUUUCUCCCUUUCCUGUGUGUCGAGUGGCACCACACACACACACACACGCUUAGCGCAAUCAUGUUUAGACUCAUUUGUGUUUGCUUCGUUGGUUUCAACUUUGAGUUUUCCUGAUAGCACUCCGAAUGUAACUCUGCCACGCAGUCUCUGAAUGAAUAGACCGUCGUACUGGAAGAUGUGUUCGUGUACUGUACAUAGCAGCUUCUGAUGAGCGCUAACAUCCAGCUGCUAAAGAACAGUGUUUGGCGGCCGCCUGAGAUGAGAGUAACAUGUUUGUUCUCUCCAUCUCUCUGCUAUGACGUGUUGAACCACUCGCAAUUACCAGCCUCUACUUUGUUGUUUACUCUGAUUUCUCCUGAAUGCAUUUUUAAUUGCAGUUCUUUUCCAAAGCCUUUCUAUGUAUUCUGUAGUCUUGAAGUAGUCACAAACUCUAUUUUGGGGAGAGAGAGAAAGAUAAUUUUGAAAAGCAAAAAAGUGACAAUGAUGCAUUGAAAUUAUGUGUAUAUAAAGUUUUGAUGAUUAUGACAUUAAAGAUAUUUGGGAAAACAAA